AUGACGGAUAGCUCGUCCUUUUUUGCGUUCUACAACGUGGUUGACGGUGCCUUGCGACGUUCCCCAACCAUCCACAACGGUAUCGAUCCUGCCAAUUGCGAAAAACUUUGGGAUACCCCUGUCGCUAGUAAGGUCGACGUCAACGAUGCGGUCGAGGCGGCGAAGAAAGCGUUUAAGGAGUGGAAGAAAACAACCUUUGAUCAACGCGUUCAAUUGUUAAGAGAGUGGCAAGACGCACUGAAGAUCUAUUCCGAAGAAUUUAGUCUCAUAAUAAUGCGGGAAAACGGGAAACCGGUCAGUGCUGCCAUUCCAAUGCUUUUUGGUCACUGUCUAAACAGCGAGAAGAAAAAGUUCGCCGAUGUUGAGGUCCAGCAUUCGUUCGUUAACAUGUUUGAGUACUUUCUAUCAUUAAAAAUACCUGAGGAACACCAUGCUGCGAGUGAUCGCGAAUACCGGGUCAAAUACACCCCGCUCGGUGUCGUCGUUGGCAUAACGGCGUGGAAUUUUCCUCUAGGUCAACCUCUUAUGAAGGCGCUGCCGGCCUUGCUGGUCGGAAACUGUUUCAUCUUGAAGCCGUCUCCAUUCACCCCUUACAGCGGCUUGAAAGCCGUGGAGAUCGCGCAAAGAUUCCUGCCUCCUGGUGUCCUGCAAGUGCUCGGCGGUGACGAUCAACUUGGUCCAUGGCUCACCCAUCACCCUGACGUCCAUAAGGUCUCGUUUACGGGGUCAACCGCGAGUGGGAAGAAAGUCGCUGCAGCCGCUACACAGACUCUAAAGCGAGUGACCUUGGAAUUAGGCGGAAACGAUGCAGCGAUUGUGUUUCCCGACGUCGACGUGGACGAGAUAGCCCCUCAAAUUGCCAUGGGAUGCUUCUGGAACUCGGGGCAGGUCUGCACGGCCAUGAAGCGCCUCUACAUCCAUGAGGAUGUGUAUGCGAAAAUGCUGGAUGCCCUUGUGCGAGAGGUGAAAAAGAUGAAAAUGGCCCCAGGAACGGAAGCUGGUGCGAUGGUGGGCCCAGUGCAAAAUGAAGCACAGUACCAGAAGUUGAAGGAUCUUUUCCAAGACGCUUUGGAGCACAAUGGCAAGGUAGUCUUCGGCGGGAGUGUAAGGGAGGGGGCAGGCUAUUUUUUCGAACCCACCAUUGUCGACAAGCUGUCGGAUGACUCGAGACUGGUUACUGAGGAACAGUUUGGCCCGAUUGUUCCUGUCCUGCCAUGGUCAAACGAGGAGGAUGUCGUCAAGAGAGCCAACAAUACUGCCAUGGGACUAGCCGCGAGUGUCUGGACGAAGAACUUGACCAAGGCCGAAGAGAUUGCGGACCAACUUGAAGUUGGGAGUGUUUACAUCAACAGUUCCGAAAAGGUGUCGUUUGAGGUGCCAUUUGGCGGCCACAAGCAGAGCGGGAUUGGAUACGAGUGUGGCCCCAACGCUCUGGCAAUCUACUGUGACAUGCAAAUUCUGCAUUAUAACUUCAAGAGUUAG